AUGUGUCAAGAGAACUACAAAAAUUUAUUAGAGAACUGGCAGUUAACUCUCCCCAACAGCUUUGGCCAGGACUACAGUGAUCACCCAAAGAUGUCGGAAGCAAUUGGAAAGGCAACCGAGACCGUAAAGGAGUCAGUUGAGAAAGUUACCGAAGAAGUCAAGAAUUUGACAACUGGACAAGAAAGCUCUGAGCCUGUCGUGCUUGGCGAAGAUGGACAACCACUUUCUAAGAAAGCCUUGAAGAAGUUGCAGAAAGAACAAGAAAAGCAGAAGAAGAAGGAGGAGAAAGCUCUCCAAUUGGCCGAGGAAAAGGAGGCCCGCGAGCGUGAAGCGGCUGCUAAUGACACCGCCAAAGACUAUUACGGCAAGCUGCCAUUGAUUCAAUCUGCCACAAAGACAGGAAUCCCCAGAGCAAAGUUGGAGGAGCUAAGUGAGGCUGACGAUGGUAAAGAGGUGUCCAUCAGAGCCCGCGUUCACAAUUCUAGACAGCAAGGGGCUACCCUGGUAUUUUUGACCUUGAGACAGCAGGCACAAUUGAUACAGGCCCUGGCCAAGGUCAACAAAGAAGGUACCAUAUCCAAGCAGAUGGUCAAAUGGGCCGCUUCUGUAAACCCGGAGAGUAUUGUUUUAGUCAAGGGUAUUGUAAAGACUGUGGAGGAGCCUAUCAAGUCCGCCACUGUUCAAAACCUGGAGAUUCACAUCACUCAAAUUCACACCAUCUCUGAGUCUCCACAACAGUUGCCCAUUUUGAUUGAAGACGCUUCGCGUUCUGACGCAGAGGCUGAGGCCGCAGGGUUACCGGUAGUCAACUUAGACACCAGAUUAGACGCGCGUGUGAUCGAUUUGAGAACAGCGACUAACCAAGCCAUUUUCAGAAUUCAAUCCGGUGUAUGCGAACUCUUCAGAGAAUUUUUGUCCAAGAGAAAGUUCGUGGAAAUUCACACCCCUAAAUUGCUGGGUGCUCCAUCGGAGGGUGGCGCCAAUGUUUUCGAGGUUACUUAUUUCAAGGGUAAAUCUUAUUUGGCACAAAGUCCUCAAUUUUACAAGCAAGAACUGAUCGCGGCUGAUUUCGAGCGUGUUUUCGAAGUUGCCCCAGUCUUCAGGGCCGAAAAUUCCAAUACCCAUCGUCAUAUGACCGAAUUCACUGGCUUGGAUCUAGAGAUGGCUUUUGAAGAGCAUUAUGACGAGGUUAUCGAUGUUUUGAGUGACUUGUUUGUUUUCAUCUUCACCGAACUGAAAGUCCGUUAUGCCAAGGAAAUUGCCUUGGUUCGUAAACAGUACCCAGUGGAAGAGUUUAAGCUCCCCAAAGAUGGGAAGAUGGUUCGCCUGGCAUACAAAGACGGUAUUGCGAUGUUGAAGGCUGCUGGGAAGGAUAUUUCCGACUUGGAAGACUUGUCAACUGAAAACGAAAAACACUUGGGUGCUUUGGUGAGAGAAAAGUACGAUACGGACUUUUACAUCUUGGAUAAAUUCCCCCUAGAGAUUCGUCCAUUUUAUACCAUGCCAGACCCUAAUGAUCCUCGCUACUCCAACUCUUACGAUUUCUUCAUGAGAGGCGAGGAAAUCUUGUCUGGGGCUCAACGUAUCCACGACGCCGAAUUUUUGAGAGAGAGAAUGUCGCAUCACGGCUUGUCGCCUGAGGACCCUGGCCUCAAAGACUACAUUGACAGUUUCACCUACGGGUGUGCGCCCCACGCCGGUGGUGGUAUCGGGCUGGAAAGAGUGGUGAUGUUUUUCUUGGAUCUCAAAAACAUUAGGAGAGCAUCUCUAUUCCCAAGAGACCCCAAGAGGCUAAGACCAUGA